CAAAUCAAUAGCAAUAUGAAGGUCCUUACUCUAGUUAUCUUCACGGUGGCGUCCGUUUCCAGUACAGGGUCUGGACCUUACCUCCCGAGUGGCUGGAGACCCCAGGGCCCUGCCUUUUACUUGCCUUCUGAGGCUCAGAAACCAACAGGAAAUCCUCUACAAGACGUGAUCCUCAACGAAUCCGAAGCAUCAGGCUCAGAUGCCCUCCGCGAAUACGGUCCUCCUAAAGUGGUCGAGGUCUCCCAAGAUCUGACCCACCAGGCCCUCCCUGAGACCGAGACCGAGCAGACCUUUUUUGCUAUUGAGGCUAAGUUUGCUGAAGAAGUCAAUGGAGAAGUGAAAGAAGUCGGGGAAGUUAGAGCCGUUGAAGAAGUUAAGGAAGUUACUGAAGCUGUUGUAGAUGCCGUUGAAGUAACCACAGAGCAAAAAGCCGUUGAAGAAGCAGUAACUGAAAUUAAUGAAGAAAAAACAACGGAAGCUGUACAAGAUGUAUCUCAAGGACGUGCUAUUGAUGUUCAAGCCAUUGAAGAAACAGUAGAAAUCCAAGAAGCGACAACUGAAAAAGUAGAAACAACUACUGCUGAGGUUGCCGAAGUGAAAACAAUUGAAGAAGAUAGCAAGGUUGAAUCUUCACAAGUUGAGCAAGUCAGUCAAGCUCAGGAAGUUCAGAUCAGUCAAGCUGAGGUCAGGACAGUUGAAGGAGUGCAAAAUGUGGUUGAGGCGCUUACCAAUUUGGAGAAGGAAAUUAAAGCUCAACAGGUUCAAACUAACGGAGAAGCAGUUGAUGUGAAAUCUGUACAAGUUUUAGGAUCCGCGGAACAAGGUCCUGAAGGUUUCCUGGAAUACGGACCCCCUGGCUUCAGGGAGUACGGACCCCCUCAAGCUGGUGAUCUCGUCGGGUCCGGGGCCAUUGUGCAGGAACUGACAGAAGAGGAGCAGAAAAUCGAAAACAAUGAGACCAGGAGGCGAAGAUUCUCUCCCAAAUUAAGGUACUUUUAA